ACGAAAAAUGGAGCUUGUGAACAAAAUUUGUGAUUUUGUGUCCUAUUGGUAUCUCCAAUAUAUACUUUGUACGGCAUUAUAUAUGCUUGAACCAUGGGAAAGGCGAAUAUUUAAUUCAUUUCUUAUUGCUGUGAUUGCCAUGUCUUUAUACACAUCCUAUCUCUUCCUGCCUGGCCAUGCUGUGGUGCUAAUGAACUUCAUCAAAUAUGUUCUAGGAAUGCCUGAGGAUAAAUCUCGAGUUGAUGACGUGUUUUAUAGUGAAGGUGUCCGAGAAACUGGAUAGCUAAUUAAUCAAUGAAGCCAAUGAUACAUGACUUUAUACGGAUAAGAUGCAUAUUAACAGAACUUCAAAGUAGGCAUCCAGAAUCAGCUGACAUCACUCAAGGAGGAUGCAGAUUUACCCAGGUUGAGAAAAUACUGAGAUGCAUACUUCAUUGGGAUGAGGAGAGACUGAACAAUAGAUAUGCUAAUCAUGACAGAAACAGGUUGUCUUCUCCACAACUAUGAUCACAUGUACCAUACUGUGCCAGAGUGAGAUUACUGCAUUGUCAUUAAUUACACCAAGUGUAGCAUGUCUAUGGGCUGUGAGUGGAAAGGGAGCCCGUUCCUGUGUAAUCAAUAAAGUUUUAUGUACAUUCCAAUUUUGAGUUGGCUGAUGGCAUUUUUGACAUUGAAACUGUAAGUGUAAUGCUGGUCAGCUGCUGUCGGUAAAAUGAACAUUGAGUUGCUCAUGCUUGUCUGCGUGUCUGAGUUGAGUGAGAAACCUCCAAGAUGAUCCACUACUUCUCAACAUUUAGGACAGUAGGCCUGAAUGGCUGUCUUCGUCUUCUCUUAUAUGUUUGACUUGGCAUAUUAAGAUAUCAUGUAUGUUACUCUGUUAACAGGAUUGAGUGCAUCUAUUAUAAACAUUAAAAUUUUUGUUAAUAUUGAAAAAGUUGCUUGCCCAUGAUUGGACCCUGAUGGCACUUUCUGAAAGCAUUUAAUUAACAAUAAUUUUGUACAAUGUGAUUUAUUUGUAUAAUAUUUCUGCCAAGUAGUCAGGGAGUCCGGCCUUGCUCAUGAAAUCUAUGCUUACUCGUACUUAAUGUCAUUGGAUGAUAUGGAUGGCGUUCGGUUAAAAUAUCUUGAUAAGAAAAUAAUAUAUUUAACCGUAGUCUGAUUGUAACUUUGAACCUUAAAUAGUAUGUAAAUAUAAGAAAUGCUGUUUUAUAAUUAAA